AUGAUGAAUCGCACUCUUUUGCGCGCCACAGCGCGCUCACUCCAGGCUGGUCGCCCCGUCGCUGAUCGCCGGUAUGCUUCAUCUGCGGUGUUCAACUGGGAGGAUCCCCUCGCCGCGGAGGAAUUAUAUACGGCGGAGGAGCUGGCUAUUCAGGAUACCGCGCGGCAGUACUGUCAGGAUCGGCUGAUGCCGCGUAUUCUCGAGGCCUACCGCAACGAAGACUACGAUCGCAAGAUUCUGGAGGAGAUGGGCGAACUGGGCCUCCUGGGCGCCUCAAUCGAGGGAUACGAGUGUGCGGGCGUGAGCACUGUGGCCUCGGGCCUGAUCACCAAGGAGGUCGAGCGGGUGGACUCCGGAUACCGAUCGGGCAUGUCGGUUCAGAGCUCAUUGGCUAUGACUGGCAUCUACGAGUUUGGCACAGAAGAGCAGAAGCAGCGGUUCCUCCCUGGCCUGGCAAAGGGCAAGCUGGCCGGUUGCUUCGGUCUGACCGAGCCGAAUCACGGCUCGGACCCUGGCUCCAUGGAGACCGUCGCGCGCGAGCAUCCAACACAGAAGGGCACGUACUUACUGACCGGCAGCAAGACAUGGAUUACCAACUCGCCCAUCGCGGAUCUGGCGCUGGUCUGGGCCAAGCUCGAGACCACAGGCAAGAUCAAGGGUUUUAUCGUUGAGCGCUCGCGCUGCCCGCCCGGCACCUUCGAGACCCCCGCCAUCAAGAAUAAGAGCGCCCUGCGUGCGUCCAUCACCGGCAUGAUUCAUAUGGACGACUGCCCUGUUCCUGCGGAGAACAUGUUCCCCGACGUUGAGGGCCUGACGGGCCCGUUCACCUGCCUGAACAGCGCCCGUCUGGGCAUUGCCUUUGGUAGCAUGGGUGCCCUAGAGGACUGUCUUGCCCGUACCCGCGAGUACAGCCUUGAGCGCAAGCAGUUCAAGGGCAACCCAUUGGCUAAGUACCAGCUCGUCCAGAAGAAGCUGGCUGACGCGGCGACGGAUGCUGCUUACGGCAUGCUGGCUGCAGUCCAAGUGGCUCGCCUCAAGGACGCGGGCAAGGCCACGCCGGAAAUGAUCUCCAUGAUCAAGCGUCAGAACUGCGAUCGGGCUCUGGCCAACUCACGGAUUCUCCAAGAAGUGUUUGGUGGCAAUGCUGCCAGCGACGAGUACCAUAUCGGUCGCCAUGUGGCCAACCUGUUUGUGGUGCAGACUUACGAGGGCCAGAGCGAUAUUCACGCCCUGAUUCUGGGUCGAGCUAUCACCGGCAAGCAGGCAUUUGUCUGA